CCCUUACCCCGAAGCUGGGGUCGUGGGGGGGGGGAUGAGGCGAGGCGCCCGGUGAGUGGAUGUCGGCGCCGUUCGAAGAGCGCAGCGGGCUGGUGCCGUGCGCCACCCCCUGGGGCCGCUGGUACCAGACCAUGGAAGAGGUGUUCAUCGAGGUGGACGUGCCGCAGGGGACCCGCGCGAGGAGCGUCGAGUGCAGCCUCAAGAGCCGCCACCUGUCUCUCUCCGUGGCCGGCGAGGAAGUGCUCAAGGGUAAACUCUUUGAUUCUACAAUAGCGGAUGAAGCAACAUGGACACUAGAGGACCAGAAGCUGAUACGAAUCGUCUUGACGAAAACCAACCGUGAUGCUGGAAAUUGUUGGAGUUCUUUGCUUGAGAACGAGUAUGCUGCUGAUCCUUGGGUCCAGGACCAGAUGCAAAGGAAGCUGACGCUAGAAAGGUUCCAAAGAGAGAACCCUGGAUUUGACUUCAGUGGAGCAGAAAUUUCUGGAAACUACAGCAAAGGAGGGCCAGAUUUCUCUAGUCUUGGAAGAUAGCUGUCUGUUCCCCCCCCCAAAUGUAUUCCCUUGAACUCAAGCAAAAAUGUUGUGAAAUAUAAAUUGGCCAAAGAACUCACCUGUGAGAACUAGGCUUAAAAAUAGUUCACUGCUUUUUCUCGAUCGCUUUUAGAUCACUGAACGACAAUAGGCUUUUAUUUAAAUUGUGCUAACAUGGUAAUGCUAUGGCAUAUACAUAAUUCACAGGUCAGUACUAUAUGUAUAUCAACAAUAAAAAACCUAUAAU